AUGUCUUCCAUCACGCAAGGCCCGCUACAUGCUUUGGGAAGCGAUUUACCUCACGCCUUACCGCAUAGCACGACUUUGUCUUCCACCGACGAUUCGAUGGUUUUGUCGGAGAAUGAGGCACACGAUGGCAUCGAGAGCCAAGCAACAACACCUUUUGCUACACCUAAAAGAAAAGACCCUGAAGAUGUACCGGAAUCAUCAAACCCGCAAGAUGCAGCCAUUGAUGUCUCAAAGAAGGUGGAAGAUGCACCCAGCAUAGGUUCUCAAGAUUGCAAUCAGUCCGAGGCUGGAGGCAAUAACUCCGAGACUUCACAGGACCCUUCCGGGGUGCAAUAUAUCCUUGAAAUGGCGGAAGACUUCCUGCUACGAGCACGACCCAAUGGCAUUCCGGCAUUGCCUCCUAGAUUGCGUAUCAAAUCAUUACCGCUCAAAAGGAUACUCUUCACGCUUACCGAUGGCGCGUUAAACAUGCAUGGGCCCUCGGGCUUGACUUUCUCACGUCCUUACAAGAUGUUCGCUUGUUUCGAAAGCCAGAUACGGCGCAGACUUUCAGAAAUCCAAACGCUAUGCAAUGAACCUGCUGGCCCUGCUCUGGUGAUGGACACCGAUCUGGACCUGAACAAGCCGACAAACACGGUUAUUGUCGCGGAAUUCCCUCCUCAGGAGACAUUAACGCAAGAAGAAAGAGAAGAUAUCAUCUUCACCUCAGGAUACGACUGGAAAUACCUUACAGCAGAGGAGCGCGAAGAGGCUGCUUCAGAUCUCGGUGUUUUAAUCUCAUUCAUAGAUGAGUAUAUCUCGCCUCUUCGGAACGCAAUUAGAGACGCAGAUGAUUUUCAGGUUCAUUUCCAGGAGUUAUGGCACCUGUUCUAUCCUGGGAGUAUAGCAUACGUAAAAGACCCGGGCGUCCCUCAAAAGCUAUGGCGGGUGGUACGAAGCUCAGGAGGCAAGUUCUCCCCUCGUUUGCCCAAUGGCUUUCGGAAACGAGGAGGCUUAGCAGGCGGAGACAAAUGGCUACCUCUCUUACUGGAUUGUUAUUAUCUGGACUUUGAUGGCAACAACUUCGUUCGCAUCCUCAAGACGUUCCAGGUUGAUCAUUUUGAGGGUCUAUCAGGCGUUAGCGCUCUUCCGAUCAUCCCCCUGAACUUCGCCGUAAGGGAUGGUUUCGUUGACGUUGACACCAUCUCAAAAAGAGGAGAAGACUUUAUCUCUUACACCAAGUGGUCAUACAGCUAUUAUAGAGGUCGAAGUCUGAUACACGAGCCUGAGGGGGCCGCCCUUUGUCAUCCGCAGAAGGAUACGAUAGACUCCUUAACGGUCCUUUCGGAAGCCAUUGAAAGUCCAGUCGUUGUGGAUUUUGAUCGUUGCUUGCGGGCAAUCCCCACUUGGAGACCAGGACGUACAUCUAGGGGCCUCUCAAGAGUAUUAGAUGAAAGAGGAGGAGACCUUCGCCAGCCACCUGAGCCACCUGGGUCACCUGGCCUGCCACCUGUCUCGCCACCUGGUUAUGAUGACGAUGGAAUUUGGGACGUGCGAUUAGCAGAAAAAGUGCUUAAAUACACGGACCCAACACAACCUGCCGAGCUGCAUGGGCAGGAUCCGCCUUCUGGAGACGAUGUUCUACUUUUGCCGAACAGGGUCUUUGCAUUCAUUCUGCGCACUCGUAAAUGGGCUUGCCUCCCACUCGGAUCUGGGGUUUUGGACAACCAGGCUCAUAGCUUGAUGCGGAUGGAAGAAGACCCUCAAGCAUGGGAUAAUCUUCAAAUAGACGACGGACACAGGUCAAUCAUCAAGUCCCUGAUGGCCACCCACUUCCGCAAGAAGAAGUCGGAGCGGCGACAGUUUGAUAUCAUUCAAGACAAGGGCAAAGGGCUUAUCAUCUUGUUGCAUGGAGUUCCGGGAUUACCAGAAACGGUGGCUCAGUACUACAACAAGCCGUUACUGCCCAUCACCUGCGGUGACCUGGGCAUGACCCCUGCCGAGGUUGAAAACAACUUUCAGUCGUCAUUCCAAAUGGCGCAGGCCUGGGAUUGCGUUCUUCUCUUGGACGAAGCCGACGUGUUCCUUGCCGAACGAAGCCAGGACAACAUUGAGCGAAACGCCUUGGUGUCUGUCUUCCUCCGAGUAAUGGAAUACUACGAGGGCAUCCUGUUCCUCACGACGAACAAAGUCGGCUCGUUCGACGAGGCCUUCAAAUCGCGCAUGUCGAUGGCCCUGUACUACCCGCCCCUCACCCGAGAGCAGACGAGGAGGAUCUGGGAGAUGCAGAUGAAGCGCACGGAGGCGCUCUCCAAGCAGGCCGCCCCGGAAGACGAGUACCAGCACGUGCGGUUCAAGCACGAGGAGGUCGCGGCACUGGCCGAGGAGCUGUGGAACAUGCAGACGACGGUGGACUACUGCCGGCCGGUCUGGAACGGGCGGCAGAUCCGUAACGCCUUCCAGACGGCUGUGGCGCUCGCCGAGUGGCACAAGGGGGAGGGCCGGGUGCCCGGGCCGAUCGUCGUGGGGCGCGAGCACUUUGAAAAGGUGGCAAAGGUGUCGAACGAGUUCAACGCGUACCUGUACGAGGUCAAGCACGGCCGCGCCGACUACGAGAAGGCGCACGCGCGGGAGCACCGCUUCGACGACUUCAACAGGCAGCAGUUCGUCUUCGGCGGCCACCAGGGGGCGGGCUUCGGACAGGUUCAGCAGGGGUACGGGAUAGGCCCGCAGCUAGGCAGCAGCACAAUGCCGUACAGCGGCGGGCAAGCCGGGAUCAACCCCAUGGGAGGAGGCGUGCCGUAUGGGAGCAACACCCAGAUCCAGGGCGCUUUUUUCACGAACCAAGGUUGGCAGCCGGGGUACGGCGGCGUAAGCAACACGGGGAUAGGCGGCUUGAAUAUGGCCGGGCCUUCCAUGGGAGCCAGCGGCGGGGGAACCAACAUGGGGCCCGGUAUGUCACCUGGCUCCGUCAAUGUUCAGGUCCCGCCGGGUCUCAGCAUCCAGGGCCAGUUGAACAAUCAGCAGCAGCAGCAGCAGCAGCAGCAGCAAGGUGGUUCUAGUAUGGGCCCCGGAGGUCCUAUGCUGCCAGGCUUUCGGUAG